AGAUUUUCCCCUUUGACAAGUCUUAUUGUAGCACAUCAUUGUAGUGUGAAACUAUCACCAGAAGGUGGUGGUAACACACCUACAACGUGUUUCUUGACCUCUUUGAUUCCACUAAUGGAGGCAGUUUCAGUUUGUUCCACGACUGCAUUUCACUCACUGCCUCUGUUUGUAUCUCUGUCACUGCAGGACCAACAUGGAGCGAUAAGUGAGCGCUCUCAGGAGGCCGACAAACCUCACAGAAGAAAGGGGGAGAAGAAACACACCUGUGACGAGUGUGGGAAGAAUUUUACCCGGCCUCAACACCUGAAAACACACCAACUCAUCCACAGUGGAAUUAAAGCGUACAGCUGUGACUUGUGUGGAAAAUCUUUUUCCCGAGCUCCAUACCUGAAAGCACACCAACUUUACCACAGUGGAGUUAAACCCUACAACUGUGAUUUGUGUGGAAAAUCGUUUACCCGGCCUCAACACCUGAAAACACACCAACUCCUCCACAGAGGAAUUAAAGCGUACCCCUGUGACUUGUGUGGAAAAUCUUUUUCCCGGGCUCAAUACCUGAAAGCACACCAACUUAUCCACAGUGCAGUUAAACCCUACAACUGUGAGUUGUGUGGAAAAAAUUUUUCCCAGCCUGGAAGCUUAAAAACACACCAACUCAUCCACAGUGGAAUUAAACCGUACAGCUGUGACUUGUGUGGAAAAUCUUUUACCUGGGCUAAAACCUUAAAAACACACCAACUCAUCCACAGUGGAAUUACAGCGUACAGCUGUGACUUGUGUGGAAAAUCUUUUAUCCAGGCUGAACACCUGAAAACACACCAACUCAUCCACAGUGGAAUUAAACCGUACAGCUGUGAGUUGUGUGGAAGAUCUUUUACUGAUCCUGGAGGCUUAAAAAGACACCAACUCGUCCACAUUGGAGUUAAAGCGUACAGCUGUGAUCAGUGUGGUAAAGCUUUUGCUCACAGUACGUACUUACAGCGUCAUCAAGUUACCCACUCUGGAAGUAAAGCGUACCCCUGUGAUUUUUGUGGAAAAACAUUCCGCCGUAUAGAGUCACGAAAUAUACACUUACGCAGUCACACUGGACAUAAUGUUUAUUUCUGUGAUCAGUGUGGAAAACUAUUUACAAGAGAUGUACAGUUACAACAACACAUGUUUACCCACAAUGAGGAGAGACCUUAUAAAUGUGACCUGUGUGAUAAGACUUUCAAAUCUCCACGUUACCUGAGACUACACCAAAAGAUCCACACCAGAAAGUAACUCUACAAGUGCAGUUACUGUGAGAAGCAGAGCGACACAGAUGGAUUCAAUUCUUAACCCUGUCGUCACUGUGGUGGGAAAGAGUUUCACUGUGACCUUUGUGGAAAAACUUUCAAUUACCAGAAAGCCUGAAAAUACAUCAGCGUAGACACACUGGAGACAAAAUGAACUACUGCAAAGAGUGUGAGAGAAGCUUUCCCACACUGAGUGAAUUACAAAAAACACGAACUCUGUAACAGUGGGGUUAAAAAGCACGUCUGUGACCAAUGUGGGUCAUCCUUCACCACUAUUAGCCAGCUUAAGAGACAUGAACAAAUCCACACAGGAGAGAAACCAUACACUGUGACAGAAGCUUCUCACAUUCAGCUCAUCUUAACACCAAUAGCUACAUCUGUGUCCAGUGUGACAAAAUCCUCAGGAAUCUACGUUCAUAUUCCAAAUACAAACGAUCCCACACUGCAAAUAAACUGUUUCACUGUUACCAGUGUGCAAAAAACAUGUACUUACAUAAACAUCUCUUUUUGGCAAAUACUGGACAUCUGUUUUUGGCAGACCAUAACUUUGGCACAACACCAGCACCCUGGACUUGUGAUGUCAAGUUAAAUUAAUGCCUCAUGUUGGUACCUGGUAAUGUUUAUGUGAGCUUCCCUGUCAGAAACACCCCAGGAUGAUGCUUGCUAAGCGAAUAGCUUUUCAGUCUUGUUAGCCAACGAGUGAAAUGCGACAGCAAACUAUAAAACAAGAGAAGCGACAUCGUCUCUUAGUUUGUUUGUCCACCCCCCCAUCCCCCAAAUUUGCGUGUUGGACCACAUAAGUAUUUAACUAUAUAUGUAAUCAGUUAAACUGUGUAAUUGACAUAAAGACCUCAUGAUAUACAACAAUUCUGUUUUGUUCAGUUUUACUGUAAUUAAGCACAGUUGUAUAUAUGAUCCUGUAAAGAGCCUCAUGCACGUCUCACAUGGCUGUAGUCGUGACAGAGCUUUAGCAUGGUUAUCAGCAGCUAGGAACAUCAUCCUAAAGAUGAGACCAGCUCCAGGGCGACAUGCAAUUGUGAAUUUAUGAACUGAAUCAUCUGUAAACGUUGGGAACUUGUUUUGGACUGGAAAAUAAAAUAUUUUUGAUUUAA